UCGAGCUCGUCCACAACACAACAGCCAGAGGAAGGAAGCGACGACAUCAAACCGUCUUUGAACUAGUGUCGCUUUUAGUUUGUAUUUUAACAAUAAGCUACCAGCACAUGGGAACUCGAAUAGUUUUAUAAAUCAUUAUUAGCUUUUAUAUUUUUGCUUUGAUACAACCGCUACCUCCGUUUUCAUCUACUGCCAACUGGUUGACUUUGACGCAAUGCCUUCAGAAAAAACCUUCAAACAAAGAAGGACAUUCGAACAGAGAGUAGAAGAUGUCAGACUGAUCCGAGAGCAGCACCCCAACAAGAUACCAGUGAUCAUUGAGAGGUAUAAAGGAGAAAAACAACUUCCCAUCCUGGACAAGACCAAGUUCCUGGUGCCAGACCACGUCAACAUGAGUGAACUCAUCAAGAUUAUCAGGAGGCGCCUCCAGCUGAACUCCAACCAGGCUUUCUUCCUGCUGGCUAAUGGCCACAGCAUGGUCUCUGUGUCGGCCGCCAUCUCCGAGGUCUAUGAGCGGGAGCGGGACCAGGAUGGCUUCCUCUACAUGGUCUACGCCUCCCAGGAGACCUUUGGCACAGCCGCAACCGACCAGUGAACAGCCUUCCCUUCUUCUUCCACCUGGCAAGCGAUUGGACAAUUGUAGUUUUUAGUCCACACCACGUUUCUUGCCGCACACCUUUUUAGUCUCGACUGUAAGAACUAAAACACAAACCGCUAAAUCUAAACACAGUGUACGAUAAUAUCCCGGCUCGGAUUGGUUCAGGUUAUGGUCUCUGUAUUUUGACUGCAUUGAGUGAAUAGACUGUUUGGGUACCACCACUCUCACCCAGUAGCAUAACGCCACAAGGGUUUAACCAAAACAGCAGAGUUUAAGUAGAGAAAUCCCCAAAUCGGACUAUGACUCAGGCCAAUAGGUUUUAACUGUGUCUCUGCUUCUUUAUUGUGCUUUCUGGUGAAUCAUGUCCACCGCCAUGGCAACGUACCAACUGUUGACGGUAGUUAGUUACAGCGUUGUGUGUCUCCUCGGCUGUAUUUAUGUUCAUGUAUGUGUACAUUUCAGGUAGGGAUAUUACAUAAAAGUAAAUAUACAUUAGCCAAUGAACAAAGCCAACCUUCAUUUUAAGGGUUUUUGGAGACAGAGAAAUUUAGGAUGUUUUUUUUUUUUUUUUUUUUUUUUAAAGAAGUAUUUUAUUGCAGUUAAAAAGGUGAAACUUGGGGAUUUGUAGUCUGGAUUAGAGUACUUUUGCCAGAGAAAAAUGCUAAAUGAAGUAGAGAAGAUCCUCGUGAAUUUAAUGCAUCUCUGCUGUGUGUCUCAUCACAUUCCCUCAAUGGUCCUUCUUUGGUGUUUUUAACCUUUCCUGCAUUGUAUCCUUAAGCAUCUUCACUGUAACGAAAAAUACGUUGGGGAACUGCUUUUGCUAUUGAAAUGGAUGAUUGUAGUUUGCAAAAAAAAAAAAAAAAAAAAAAAAAAGCCUUGCUGUACAGAUAUUAUUGACUUUACAGAUUUGAAUAUGAAAUGGGGUUCCGUUGAGAGUGUAACCAAGUUGACUUUGGACACACUACAAGGAGCAUGGUCUGAUUGCAUGUGUGAAUGGAGGAUGAUGGUGUUUCUGUAAAUGCCGAUUGGAGGAGAGGGGUUGCCAUUUUCUUUUAUUUUUUUAUCUCCUUUGUCACAAGUUUGUAUUAAAGUGAUCAAGGAAUGAAGGAAGGUUAAAAAAAAAAAAAAAAAAAAAAGAGUGAAACACAGGCAGGUUGAUGAGCAUUAUUUCUGACUGUCCUGCCUUUGACCUAUAGGCUGAUUUCCCAGAGCUGUCACUGUUGUUCAGUUUCAGUUCACUGAAAUUCAACAAGCACUUUCGCUUUGGGGAACGUACAUUUGCCCAGAGGAGUUUUAAGGGCUGCACUCUGAAAGCAAAAGAAACAUUUGAGUAUCCUGUCUAUAAAUGGUCCUUCACUGGCCGUGCUUCUCCUCCUCCUCACCUUAACAGACUGAGGCUUAGCUGCUUUUAUAUCGCAGUAUUUUAUCUUUUUGGUUCUUUUUAUUUUAUGUGAUUUUCAUUUCUGUUGUACGACAUGUCUUUACUCUACUCUGUCUACAGUAUGUGAAGUACAAAGGUGACUUUUUUUUUUUUUCUGACUAGUGAAAGACACUGUGUGUUUGUUACAGAGGGGGUGGAGCAUUUGUUUCAAUGGUAUUUUCUGCCUGCUCCUCUGUUUCUCACACACUUAUCCUCACACAGCAAUAUCACACAGCCUAUUAUGUAUUUAUGUUGGUAUUUUGUAAACAAUAAAAGGAGAAAAAAAAAUCAA